GUGGCGCUGCGGUCACACUGUUUGGAUUUGUACACGCGAUUUGGCAGCAAAAUCGUACGAAACCGAGCGUUUGAAUUGUGCCAGUGCCACCGCCGCCCGCGGCCGCCCAACGAAACGAUCGCCAGAGGCCGAGCAGACACGCCCCCGAGCGCAGGACAGCCGUGCAAAUAUCCUGCGAAGGAGCAGAAAAAUCGCAAGUUGUUGUUGCCGUUGGCUGCUGAAAAAGAAAGAGAGCGAGCGAGCGAGAGAGGGCGCUGCGCGAGUGCGUGUGUGUGUGUGUGGGGGAGUCUCUCUCUCUCUCUCUCUCUCUAACGCGCAGUGACUGUGUUUUCCUUUUUCCGAUUUUGUUUUUGUGGCCGCCAAACGGGGAAAAUAAAAACAAUACGAGUCCAGCGGUCCGUUAUUCGCGCCAGUGUGAAAGUCAGCAGUCAGCAGCGCGCGUGUGUGCGUGUGUGCCGCCAAGCGACAACAACAACAACAACAACCAGAGCGGCGCGCAACAAAACAAUUCACACACACACGCACCCUCCCCCGCCAGCGUGAGCCAGUGUGUGUGUGCGAGAGAGAGCGCGCGCGAGAGAGGGGAGAAAAAUCGAAGAAGUGCUGGCCAAAAGGGAAAAGCACAAAAAUACCAAAACCCAAAACCCAGAACCGAAAAUCCAUAAUAAAACAUUUAAAUAAGUAAAUAAAUCAAAAUUGGCCAGCCGGUGGAUAGAGCGAGGAGCAUGUCCACCAUCGAGUUCGAGACGAUCGGCAGCCGCCUGCAGUCGCUGGAGGCCAAGCUGCAGGAGCAGAACAAGUCCCACGACCAGAUCGUCCUUUCCGGUGCGCGCGGCCCGGGCGUUUCCGGUUCCGUUUCCGCCGCCGCCGCCUCCGUUCCGUCUGCCCGCGUUCCGCCCCUGGCCACGUCCGCCUCCGCCGCCCACGCAGCGCCCCUGGGCGCGGGCGCCGGCAUCAGCAUAGCCCAGCGGCCGGCUCCUCCAGUUCCUCAUGCGACGCCCGGCGCCGCCUCGUCCUCGUCCGCAUUCGCAUCCGCCUCUGCAUCCGCAUCUGCCUCAUCCGCAUCCGCGUCCGGGGUCGCGGCGACGGGCGCCUUCGGCGGAUCCUUCACCCCGCCCACCACCAGAGUGCCGCGAGCCACGCCCACACUGCCCAUGCUUUCCAGCGGUCCCGGUGGCGGAAUCAACCGGAUGCGACCGGUGAUACUACCGCUGCCCACGCCGCCGCAUCCUCCGGUCUCGGAGACGGACAAGAAGCUAAAGAUCAUCAUGGAGCAGACCGGCAAGCUGAACAUCAACGGGCGGCAGUAUCCGACGGACAUCAAUGACCUCAAGCACCUGGGCGACCUGGGCAACGGGACCAGCGGCAAUGUGGUGAAGAUGAUGCACCUGUCCAGCAACACGGUCAUCGCCGUGAAGCAGAUGCGGCGCACCGGCAAUGCCGAGGAGAACAAGCGCAUCCUGAUGGACCUGGACGUGGUGCUCAAGUCGCACGACUGCAAGUACAUUGUGAAGUGCCUCGGCUGUUUCGUACGCGAUCCGGAUGUGUGGAUCUGCAUGGAGCUGAUGUCCAUGUGCUUCGACAAGCUGCUCAAGCUCUCCAAGAAGCCGGUGCCGGAGCAGAUCCUUGGCAAGGUCACAGUGGCGACGGUCAACGCUCUGUCCUACUUGAAGGACAAGCACGGGGUCAUCCAUCGCGAUGUGAAGCCAUCGAACAUUCUGAUCGACGAGCGUGGCAACAUAAAGCUCUGUGAUUUCGGGAUCAGCGGUCGCCUGGUGGACUCCAAGGCCAACACGCGGUCCGCCGGCUGUGCAGCUUAUAUGGCGCCGGAGCGCAUCGACCCCAAGAAACCAAAGUACGACAUUCGCGCCGAUGUGUGGUCCCUGGGCAUCACGCUGGUGGAGCUGGCCACCGCGCGGUCCCCGUACGAGGGCUGCAACACGGACUUCGAGGUGCUCACCAAGGUGCUGGACUCGGAGCCGCCUUGCUUGCCCUACGGCGAGGGCUUCAACUUUACCCAGCAGUUCCGCGACUUCGUCAUCAAGUGCCUCACAAAGAACCACCAGGACCGACCCAAGUAUCCGGAGCUACUGGCCCAGCCCUUUAUCCGGACCUACGAAAUAGCCAAAGUAGAUGUGCCCAAUUGGUUUCAGAGCAUCAAGGACAGCCGCCUGCGUGCCAACGGCGAUGCCACGCUCCAGAGGGCAACAGCGACUGGCGGUGGAGCCGGUUCUGGUGCAGGAUCCCUCGCAGAGUCAGGAUCCGCAGGUGGAGGAGCCAUUAAAUAUGGUAGGACGGCGCCGUACGCGGCGCUGAGUCCCACCAAUGCGCAGAAGACAAUAAAACCCACUCAGAUACCGAGUUACCAGCAGCAACAGUCGCAGUAUUUCAUGCAAUCAGCCACACAACUACCUCAAACAACAACAACAACAACCACAACACCAACGGCAACGACAAACUGCUUCGGCGGAAGCGGAAGUGGCGGCGGCAGAGGCAGCGGCAGCGGGAGUGGGAGCGGAAACGGAAGUGGCAGCAGCAGCAGCGCCAGUCCUCUAUCGCCUCCCGGCGGCGGCGUCGCCGAUCUCAACCGGCUCUAUCGCAAGUCGCCGUUCAUGCAGCGCAAGCUGAGCAACGGAUCGCAUCAUCCGCACUUCAAAUGCAACGACGAGAGCCCCAAGAAGGAGUCCAUGUUCAGCAGCAUCGGUCAAUCGAUUCUACGCAACCUGACAACAUCGCCCUUCAGCCAAAAGAAACACAAUUCAGCAGCAGCGACUGCAUUGACAAUACCACUGCCGCACAACAACCAAGCAUUGUACACGGACGCUGCAACAGCGACUGCGGCAAAAACGCCGCCAAAUGCUGCAAGUGCAGCGCCCACGACGACGCCUACAGCCACGCCCACUUGGCGCCUGCCAGCGGAGAAUUCCCAAGCCUACGACAGCUGUGAUAGUAGUAGUAAUGCGACCACGACCUUCAACCCGGGCCUCUCCUCCCCCUCGCCCUCGCUGCCGCGCAAGCAGUUCCUCGCCGAGUCGCCGACCCUGCAGCCCGCCAGCCAGCAACAGCAGCAGCAUCAGCAGCAACUGCAGCAGCAGCAACUGCAGCAGCAGCAACUGCAGCAGCAGCAACUGCAGCAGCAGCAACCACAGCGAUUGCAGCCGGGCAACCAGAGCCCCAUAGUGCUGCAGCGCUUCUACCACCAGCAGAACCAGCUGCGCGAGAAGGAGGCGGCGGAGCGGUACCAGCAGCAGCGCCAGCAGCCGCCCGCCGCAGUGACCAGCACGAAUCCGUUUCACAGCAACUAUGUGCCGCCGCCGCCAUCGACGCACUCCACCUCUAGUCAGUCCUCCACGCAGUCGACGUGUUCGCAGAUCGCCGUCAAUCCGCCCGCCAGCCUCUCGCCAUCGACGGGCUCUGGCACGGGAACCAUAGCGGGAUUGGGAGCGGCAUCGGUAUCGGGAUCCGGAGCAGCUGGUCACUUUGGAGCGGGCGGCAGUGGCGAGCAAUUGCAGUACCAGCCGCUGCCGGUGGCCGCCGAGGCAACGGCGGUGACUAGUCCCACGGUCCUGCCCCGAUCCCCGGAGCAGCAGUCGGACUACGGAGGAGGCGGCUCCAUGGUGGCCAGCAAGCUGAGCAAGCUCUACGCCCGCCGGCAGCUGCUGGGCCAGAGCUCCAGCAGCGGGGCGAGCAACAGCAGUCUGGAUGGUUGCGCCAGGGAGCAGCAUGAUGCAGGCUGGUUCAACACGCUCGCCGGCGCCAUGAAGCGGCAGUUUGCCACCUAUGUUAAAACCCAAUUGAAUUCCACAGCCACGUCCCCGGUGGCGGCCAGCAUGGAUCGGGAUCAGGAGGCAGUGCAGCCGCAACCGCCCGCCUACAGGACCAUCGUGAACAACGGCAGCGGCAAGUCCUACUACUAUCGCACCUUGUCGGCGGCCAGCAGCAGCAGCAACACCAGCCAGAGCACCUCGCCCACGACGGAGCCGCUGCCCGGUGGCGGCACCAGCAGCUUCCUGCGCCGCUACGCCAGCAGCGGACCGGGCAUGGGCUGCGGCGGGGGCAGCAUCAGCACGCCGCCCAGUCCGCACAUCCUGGCCGGCCUGGAUCGAAGGCACCGCAGUCCGGAUCCGCCGCCGCGCUACAAUCGCGGUCAGUCGCCGCUGCUGCUGCGCAAGAACCUGCUGGAGUUGAGUGGCCAGCCGCCCGGCUCACCGCUUCUGCACCGAAGAUACGUUUCGGCUUCGCCGCCACUACCGCCGCCGCGUCGAGGAUCCGAGAGCGUGCCGGGAUCGCCGCAGCACUUCCGCACCCGCAUCCACUACACACCCGAGCCCCAGAGACGCAUCUACCGCACAAUAGAUCAAUGAGUAGCGCUGCAAAUCAUGGUCAUGUGAUGCUGGUACGGCUUCGACGACGUUGCCGCCGGCUCAGCUGUCCACGACGACGAUCCGGAGGGGGAGCAGCUGCUGGAGCCCAUCUCCUUGCCCGUCUCGUCGACAGC